AUUUUGAUUAAUUGCGCUGAAGAUACUUAUCAGUGAAGAUAUCAUCUGCAUAAAAUGAAAAGUUUCGUGCUUUAUGCCUGUAUUUUAAUAAUUGCUUUUCAGCCGUCUAGCUCAAUACAACUAAAAAAAGUCAAAAAUAUAAUAGAAACUACUGGGGAUGACAUUGAAGCUUGCCAGAUUGAAAAUAAUGUGACUGAUGCUGAUGUAUACACUCCCCAAGACAUGAUAACUGACUUACCUACCCAGCCCGAAAAUGAAGAAAAAACAAGAAGAAUGGGUUGCUGGAUUGCGUGUGUCUUAAAAAGACAGAAUUUAAUGGAAAAUUCAAACAUUAAGGAAGCGCAAGUUCAUGUAAGAAUAAAUGUAGAGCAUGCUGAUGAUACUGAUCAAGACACUUUUCACCAAAUUGCGCGUAAAUGCAUGAAACAAGUGAGAAAUAUUACACAAGAAUGUGAAAAAAGCUUCUCCCUGCUUGCAUGUGUUGUAAAAACUGCAUAUGAGGAACAGAUACAUCAACAACAUAAAAUAAAAGAAGCAGAAAUGAAAUAAAUUAAUGUAUAAAUAUAAUCAAAUGCAAAAAUUAAAUAUUAUGUAUAUAGUUACUAAUACAAAGCUGUAAUAUACAUUGAGAAAAAAUGCUGUUGAUACAAUUAAAGUUUAUAUUACGGGCUAUCAUUAAUCACUUGUUAGUGACAGCCCGUAAUAUAGACUUCAAUUGAAUCAACAGCAUUUUUUUCUCAGUGUACAAUAUAAUUUAUAUUAAAUAAAAGUAUACAUUUAUACAUAUUCUAUAAAACUCUAAUCGUAUCUUUCUAAUAAAGUUGCAUAUACAAAAA